AUGGUUCUGCUGAGUCCCUCGAUCGGUGCCAUGAGGAGGCUGCUUAGGACUUGCGAACAAUACGCGGAGGCUCAUGGGCUCAGAUACAACUCUACGAAGAGUGAAAUGAUGGUGGUUAAGGCAGGUAAUAAGACCUACUCCACCUUGCCGUCAAUCACUCUGGCUGGCACGCCACUUAAAAGAGUAGCCAACUUUAAGUAUCUGGGCCACUGGGUCUCUGAAAAUCUAAGUGACAACUUAGAUCUGGAGAGGGAGCGCAGGGCGCUUUCAGUCCGCUGCAAUAUGUUGGCUCGCAGGUUUGCAAGGUGUACAAAGGAGGUAAAGACGACGCUUUUUAAAGCAUUCUGUCAAACUUUUUACACCUGCAGCCUGUGGGUCAGUUACACGGGGAAGGCAUAUAGCGCUUUGAGGGUGCAGUAUAAUAACGCGUUCAGGGUGUUGAUGGGGCUGGGGCGGCGGUGUAGCGCCUCCGGCAUGUUCUGUGAGGCGGGAGUGGAUGGCUUUCAUGCAAUCAUGCGGAAGCGAUGCUACUCCAUGCUGCAGCGCGUGAGCGCCAGCCCUAACAUCAUCCUGAACUCGGUUGCGCACCGGUGGGACAGCCCGGUAGUAAAAUACUGGCUGCUCCUACACGCACCAUACAUUAGAUUAGAUCAUAAGAAUUACUAA